CGGUAGUUGUUUUCGGUUGUGCAUCGUGGAGAGCAUCUGGGUUCAAGCAGACGACUGACACAUCAGAAAACAUCAAUGCAAUGCUGCUUCUCAGGUGCUGCCACAGCCUGACUCGACUUGGCCCUCUCCACACUCACAGGCAUCAGGUGGCACCUGCUCUGGCAUCGUGUGCAGUUCGUCUCUGGAGCAGCAGCAGCGGUAGUGACGACCAGAGAUCGUACCAACGCGCCCACGCUCCCAGCUGGAGACAUGGCCUGGCAGGACUGCUGGUUGGCACCGGGGCUGUACUGGCUUAUAGCCUCCACCAGCACAAGGCUGAACGGGAAGACGCCAUCAAAGUGCAAACCAUAGAGGAGACCUCCUCUCUUCCCAUAUUCAGCCAGGAAGAAGUCUCAAAACACCGCUCUCUGGAGGAUGGCGUGUGGGUCACUUACAAAGGCGGCGUCUACAACAUCACUGAGUUUGUGGCCAUGCACCCUGGCGGGGAUAAAAUCUUGUUGGCAGCGGGUGGGGCCCUUGAACCCUUUUGGGCUCUGUAUGCUGUACACAACCAGGAACAUGUGCUGGAAAUCCUCUCAGAAUAUAAGGUCGGUGAGCUGAGUGCGGAAGACCUGAAGAAGCAGGAGGCUGUUAAAUCAUCGGACCCCUACUCCACUGACCCAGAGCGUCACCCCGUCCUGCACAUCAACAGCCUCAAGCCCUUCAAUGCUGAGCCGCCUCCUGAAAUGCUCUCUGAAAGCUACGUCACCCCCUCGGCUUUCUUCUUCAAAAGAAACCAUUUACCAGUCCCUCAGGUGGACCCGGCUUCUUACCAGCUCCAUGUGGAGGGACUACCUGGAGGAGCGCUGACGUUGUCUUUAGAAGACUUGAAGACUCGAUUCCCCAAACACACAGUCACUGCCACACUGCAGUGUGCAGGUAACCGCCGCUCUGAGAUGAACAAGGUCAAGCAGGUGAAAGGACUGGACUGGGGCAUUGCUGCAAUCAGUAAUGCCACAUGGAGCGGCGCUAAACUCAGGGAUGUGCUGCUGGCGGCUGGCUACGGGCCAGAUGUGGCUCAGUGGGCUCGCCAUGUUCAGUUUGAAGGACUGGACAAGGAUGUGACGGGUACUACCUACGGUGCUUCCAUACCCCUAAACAAGGCAAUUAGUGAGGAAGGCGAUGUGCUGCUGGCUUAUGAAAUGAAUGGUGAGGAGCUUCCUGCCGACCACGGCUUCCCUGUCCGCGUUGUGGUACCAGGUAUUGUGGGUGCCCGUAACGUUAAAUGGCUGGGGAAGAUCAUCGUGAGCGCGGAGGAGAGCAUCAGCCACUGGCAGCAGAACGACUACAAGGGUUUCUCCCCUGGGACGGACUGGGACACAGUGGACUUCAAGUCUGCUCCGGCCAUCCAAGAGCUGCCCAUUCAGUCUGCGAUCACCACACCGGCCGACGGUGCUGUGGUAGAUCGCAGCAUGGAAGAGGUGACCGUGAAGGGCUACGCGUGGAGCGGCGGGGGCCGAGAGGUGGUACGUGUAGAUGUUUCUGUAGAUGGAGGAAAGACGUGGCAGGUGGCCCAGCUGAGGACCAGCGACAAGGGACAAGCACCCGAACCCUCACCUCCACCAGGACGAGCCUGGGCCUGGAAGCUGUGGGAGCUGACAGUUGCUCUUCCUCCUGAAGCUCAGGAGCUGGAGAUAAUUUGCAAGGCAGUCGACAACAGUUACAACAUGCAGCCGGACACGGUGCCUCCCAUCUGGAACCUGAGGGGUGUCCUGAGUAACGCCUGGCACAGAGUGAAGGUGAAGAUCAGAGACGAUGAGAAUGAGGAAUAGACUCAGUGGUCUGAUCCACCUUCAAGAUGCUUUUACAAAGUUUAGGGCUCAUACAGCUGUUAAAGGGUGGACAUCUGUCAGUUGGGCUCAGCAGGAAAAUAUACGACGAAAAAAAAAAACAGUGUCAUUGAGACAUAGAAUGCACAAUAUUUUGAAGUAUUACAACAAACACAACCGGAUUUUUUGACGCACAGUCUUGAAAUAUUUAUCCAAACAUGUUGCCUGUGAGAUUUGAUAGAAUAUUUUCAGCGGUACAUACAGAGAGCAAAGCUAAAGGCUGUAAACUAAACCAAAAGAUGUCCAGUUUUAUCUGACGAGUCACUUACACUUUUGUCAUAAGUGAACAUCUUUGAGAUUUGUAGAAAAGAUAAGAUUUAUUUUUUUAAUCAAUGUUCUUAACACUGAAGAUGCACAGUAAAUUAAAAGGGUUUACUUCAUUGUGUGAUUACCACGCAUCAUAAUUUAAAUGCCAAAUUUUAGACAAUAUUAUGGAAUCUGAUAGAGCUAUAGAGAUGUCUUGAGUUUAUUUUAGUGGUACUGCUUUAAAUGAAAACUGCUUGAGUUGCUUUUCCUUAGAGAGACUAACUGGAGUUUACCAAGAUGGGAAAAGGCUAGGAAUUUUUCAAACAUUUGUGAGAUUUUUUUUUUUUUUUUUUUUUUUUAUUUAAUCUGCAGUUGCGGCUUUGCUGAUCGAUAACCCCCGCAAAAGAUAAGAUUAAAGAAAAUGUUUUUUAUGGGAGAAGUUUGAGUAGCUUAAAGAAAAAGUAGCAGAAGUGGCUGUAAUCAUCAAUUUUUGCUUUUAGUCGGCAAAUCACAGAUGAACUGUGACCUUUGGGGUCUCUAUUCAGUUUGCCCCCCACUGUUUCACAGUUGCCAUGAAGUACCAGACCUACCUGUGAAGAUCUGGGUAUAGACUACAGCAUAUUGCAGAGAUCAGGACUUUUCCUGACCACAGUCUUAACCUGGUUUGUCCAAACACGGAGGCCUUUGUGCUUUGUGUCCGUUUUCUGAAAUAACCAAAAAGACAGAGAUUUAGAGACUGGUGAGAGUUGAGUGUUGACUCCUUACAUGAAGAGAGACAGACCAGGAGAGGGAGGAGUAGUAAACAGUGUGUAAGACCUGGUAUGCCACAAUCUAAUUGUUAACCUAAUUUUUUUUCCGUUUGCAGAACUAAUUUAAACUGGAAUAACUGCACAACUUUUCCAAAGGAAACCUCAUUUUUCAGAAUCAUGGUGAUGUUCGGUCACAUUAAUGUUAACCUAUCUGAGUCAUAUUGACAGUUGAAGCUGUCAGAGUUGCUGAAUUCCUUUCAUGGCAAACAGCCAUGUGGUUAGCAUUGUUAACACUACGUUUUGUGUAAAAUGAAUAUUAUCACUGAAGAUGAUGAAUAAAGAGAUCUAACUUUACACAGGCAUUUGGUUCAGUUUCUGCUCAGUGUCACUACCUGUCUGAGCUGUCUGAGUCAGUUCACAGGCA